AAGGUAAUUAGGAGUGCUAUACUCAUGGGAUUCGAUACGGUGGUAUUUGGAUUUCUCAUUGUAUUCUCAGUCACUUUAUUACCUGUUGUAAACUGUAACGAUAUGCUUAAUAUAAUCUUUGAUUUAAGAACAUACUUUGUUAAUGUUUGGUAUAACGUUUUUUCACGUUUCGCUGAUACGAUUCACUGUCUUUUGGGAAAGUUACCUCCAUCCCUCGGUGGUAAUAACAAAAUUUGUUUAGACUGAUUUUAAUUAAUAUCAGUGCAAAAUACACAAUAAUUGCCCCCAAAAAAUAAAAAUAUAUGACUAUUU